AAAAAUGCUUCAAAGCUGCAAAAUCCUAUAAUUUUCCACUAUCAUUACACAUAAUCCAAUGAACAGUUCCAAUGGCCGCGUGUAUAAUCGGGAAAUGUUUGCCUCGCUCCAAUACCCUGAACUGUUUUACGGCCUAAUAGACUCCAAGCCACCGCCGAUCGUGACGUCAGCUCUCAUUCAUGACCAACACUUUCACAACCAUCAAUUUAUAAUAACCUCCCAUCUCCCUAAUAUACCAGAACAUUGAAUAGAUAACGGGUAGUUAUAGUUUCGUAGGUGAGCAAACUUGACGCUAAAUCUGAAGUACUAUUACAACUUAUUGAAUAGCCCAAAGUCGGUCGGUCAGUCGUGUGGUUAGACGCUUACUGCGACGUCGUAUUGUGAAUCGUAUCCUCUAAGUGUUUUAAAUACAUCGAUUAGUUAACUUACUACAAUAACAAGAAAUAUACGCAACAAUGGUGAAAAUAUCACAGCACAUGCUGACAGACCUGGACAAGAUCCCAGGGGUGCAGCUCGGAGACUUUCUCCUGCAGUUCGAACUUGAUGAGCCGCGGGAGUCGGUUCGAGAGAUCGCCAGGAAGGAGCUCAGAGAAACUCCUGAGAUCGUCAAACCAGCGAUAGAAGAACUCAGAAGAUUACUUGAAGAGGAUAAAGACUUAGUGGUGCCGACGGACAGUGAAGCGUGGCUGGUGCGGUUCUUGAGGCCUUGCAAGUUCUACCCCGAGAGCGCCUAUGACCUUAUCAAACGUUACUACGGGUUCAAGCUCAAGCACUCGAAGCACUACGAGGGUCUGAUCCCCAGCAAGGAGACCAACGUGUUCAUACAGAACGUGCUGACGGUGCUGCCCACACGGGACCAGCUCGGCAGGAGGGUGCUGGUGCUGGAGCUUGGCAAAAAAUGGAAGCCCAGCAAGUGCAGUCUGGACGAGGUGUUCAAGGGCUGCGUGCUGUUCCUGGAGGCGGCCAUGUUGGAGCCCGAGAGCCAGAUAUGUGGCGCCGUCGUCAUCUUCGACAUGGACGGACUGUCCAUGCAGCACGUCUGGCAGUUCACUCCGAGCUUCGCCAACAGAAUUGUCGACUGGUUGCAGGAGGCCAUUCCGCUUCGCAUCAAAGGCCUGUACAUCAUCAACCAGCCGUUCAUCUUCGACAUGGUGUUCAAGAUCUUCAAGCCUUUCCUGAAAGAGAAGCUCCGAUCCCGUAUCGUGUUCAUGGGGAACGACAGGAAGCUGCUGCACGAGUAUAUCAGCCCCAAGUGCCUCCCGGAGCAGUAUGGCGGAACCCUGUCCAUACCCAGCGUCACUGGUGGACAGUGGCUGGAGCUACUCCUUAUGUGUGAUAAGGAAUUCAGUGCAAUCAAUUCGUAUGGAUACAAGAAGAAGUGAAAUAGCACUGAGUGAAAUGGACGAUUUUAUGCAAUGUGAUAUAAAUACGCAUACCGUGAUAAUAUCGAAUACUUUAUUUUAGAUUUAUAUUUACGUACAAAGCAUAAUAUUAGAGAGCCUUAGCCAUUGGAGUUUAUUCUAGAUGUAGAAAUAAUUAAGUAAAUAGUUUUAAUAAAAAUACACUCUUUGUAUACGUCUGAAUGGUACAUUAAGCAUUUGAUAUUUAUCUGAAGCAUUUUUAGUAAUGUUUGAUAUUUGGACCAAUAUUAUGUAUGUUAUAUACUAUGUAUGUUUGUAUGUAUUUAUCUAAGAAUAAUGCCUUUUAGCUUAUAUUUAUAGUAUGUAUAUCUCAUAGAUUUAUGUAAGCAUUUGAUAUUAUUUCCUAAACUAUACUACAAGUUGGGAGUUAAGUUUUGAACUGUUUUAUAUGUUAUUGAUAUCUAAAACAUCUCAUUAGGCUAGGGCAGCUAUCGGGUCCAAAGAAACGUUUGAGUUUUUGUAAUUAAUCUGUAAAAGAGGAAUGAUUGUUUGUGCACAGUUUCUUUUGUUCUGCCCUUUUUGGGACUAGUGUACUCGAUUUUUUAACCUAAUUUCUAUUUUAUCUUUGCGUCAUACAUUUCUCAAAAGCGGGCUGUGAUUGUCUCAAUAAAUGCAUUGUUAUUCAAGGCUUGAAGCCUCAAUCGACUACGUGUGCACUGAUAUGUAUAUUUUUAAACAGCAGGACUUCAUUAUGGAAGCGAGAUGGCUUACUAUAAAACGAUACAGGCAUCUAGCAUUCGCAACGAAGGGCUCAAAGCAAGAGCAAUACUAUCCAUGAUAAUUAUGUUUCACAUAUUAGAAUCUCAUAUUACACGUAUAAAAAACUACAUAUCCUAUCCACGUAUAUUUUUCUCAUUUUAUAUUUUAGUAUAAAUCGAAGUCCAUAACCUUAAAAGGUUUUAUGGUAAGGAUCGUAAGAUAUUUGUAUGUUGAAUUUGUAAAUAUUGUGUACCAUCACUUACACAUAAUAUUAGCGAUAAGAAAAACAUUUAAGAACUCAACAAGUAUUGAGUAAAUUAUGUACCUACAUAUGUAUUUUUGUAAAUUCUUAUUUUAAAAUGUGUAUAUUUGUU